AUGGCAGUGCCAUUACCAGCACAUUCACUCUGUCCAAACCAACCCGCACCCGCCAUCGGUCAACUCACCACCUUCACACUUCCCUCCUCCCCACACAUAGCACCCACUCCAGAAAACCGCGCCCUCGGCCAACAGAUGGUCCAAACAUGGCGGAAAGACGGCAUAUUCCAAAUCCAAUUAACCCCAGACCAGGCCUCCGCCCUCCGCGCUGCCUUCGUCCUCAGCAAAUCCUACUUCAAGCGCCCCCACCACGAAAAAGCGAAACACGUUGAUGACCAGAGUUUCAGUGGUUACAUUGCCUCGGGCGAAGAGCUCACAGAUGGCAUUGCAGACUAUUCAGAGAUCUUCACAGUCACCAAAGACCUCGCUCUCUCCGACCCGCGCGUCCAACAAAAGUGGCCAUGUCACGGCCCAUGCCCAUGGCCAGACACCUUGUAUGAAUCCGCCAUGAAACGACUCAUGGCUGUCCUAGGUGACUCUGGCGAGAAGCUCCUCCAGCUUACCGCGCUUGGCCUCAACCUCGCUAACCCCAAUGUAUUCACUGACCUCACGGACGACGGGUGGCACCAUAUGCGAGUCUUACGAUUCCCCCAGGCCGACAAGACUAAUGGCAAGGGCAAGCCAGGCCGUGGGAUCGGUGCGCAUACGGAUUAUGGGCUCCUGGUCAUUGCUGGACAAGACGACGUCGGGGGCCUGUUCGUCCGUCCGCCAACGGACUCUGGUGAGACGUCGAGGAACUGGGAGAAGUACUCAGGGGGACUCAAGGAGGACCAACAGGAGAGCUGGUCGUUUGUUCCUCCAGUUGAGAACGUCCUCACCGUUUUCCCAGGCGACAUGAUGCAAUACAUGACAAACGACUACCUUCCCUCCACACCACACAAAGUUGUCCUCAACACUCGCGAGCGGUACGCUUUUGCAUACUUCCACGAGCCCAACUUUUCCUCUGUCGUCCAGCCCCUUCCGGAGUAUGGCCGUGACCAGGGCAAAGACGUUCAGGUUGAGGAUAAGGGCAUCCACUACGGCACACACUUCACAGAAAUGUUCAUGCGCAACUACCCUGAACGCGUCACGGCGAAACGCAUGAAAGCAGAGAACCGCCUGGAUAUUUUGGGCAGCCCUUUGCUUAGACGCCAUGGAAAAACUACUCCCGCGUCCACUUCUACUUCGGCUCCAACGUUCCCUUUAACGUCGGCUAUCCCUCCGACCGCUGCCCACGACGCAGCCAGCAGCGUAUAGAGAAGUGAUCUAUAACAUUGUUAUCUCUCUUCUUUCCCCCCCUUUUAUUCUUUCUUCUGUUCACUCUUCCUCUCCCGCCGGAUCUCGGGGAUCAUACAGUAAACGAAGAACACAACGGAAGCUUAUCUAGGUUAAUAGAUAAAACAACCUAUAGUGACCACGAUCCUUAUUAUCUCUGGCCUUUUCUAUCUAAAUCUCCCAUUUCCUCUAUUUCCCUUACCCGUCCAUCCACUUGUCCCACCUUACUCUAUUCAGAUUGAUAGCCGUAUACAAAACUAGCUAUAGCAAUGGCAGCGGAGGCUCGUGACUGGAUUGGAUGGAUGGACAGACGCGCUUGAUAAACGUCGA